GAUUAUGAAGGAGAUGAUGCAAUUCUUCCGGGAGCAUAUUGGCUUUCUAAUGUGCACGAAUUAUUUUCAUUUGUUAAUACUGCUGAAAAUGAUAUGUUGCGUGAAGUUGAUCUAGUAUCCGAUUCCAGUAAGAAGUUUGAAUGGGAUGAUUACGGAAGACUUGUGUCUAUUGCUAAACACGAUUUGCAAAGUUUAGAAUAUAAUAUAUAUCGUAUAUGGGUGACAGAAUUAAAGAAACGAUUAUAUAAGAUGAUCAUUCCUGCUGUGAUCGAAAGUCAAUCAUUGCCCAAUUUUAAAACGGGUGAAAAUAAUCGAUUUAAUGCGACUGCAUUCAGCAUGGAUGAUCUUCUCAUUUUCUUAAAUAAAGUUCGGAUAGCAAAUUAUGUAGAAAUGUCUGUUAUUGAUAAAGUUAUUACUGAAUUAUUGAAACUUGUUGGG